AUGAGCCGGACCAAGCCUACUGCCCAACUUUACGACGACCUUUUCCGACAUUUGCAAGACCUUGCACGAGAUCCUGGGCGGACGCGGACUGGGCAUGUGGACGAACGCGGUGCAUGGAGGCGUGCGCCUGAAGCCCUCGCGCCGACGUUCUCGCCGAACUCGCUCGCGCCGAAUGAGUUUUCAGCCACCGGGCGCCCUGCGAAGGUCGCCGAGAAACGACGCCGGAUGCACCGGGAGGGCGAUGAGGGAGAGGCUCCCGACGGCGAUCCACCCGACGGCGAAGAGGAGGCCGUCUUCACCGAGGAGCAACGCAUGAAGCUACGCCUCUCCCUGAAGGGCGGAGCUGGAGCGCCUCCCACGCGAGGUGCUGAGCCCACACCCUUAGCGCCGGUGCUUGGCCCUGUCUUGAGCCCUGAGCGAGCUGGACUUAGGACGUGGGGUGUGGGAGGCGUUGGAGCGUCGCCGGCCGAUUCCAUCCGCGGUGCUUCUCCGGGCCAUGCGGAUCGCCUCGGCGCGGCAUCGGGCGGUGUGAGUCGGCCAGGUUCGCCGUUCCACCGAUCCUCGGUGACGGGAGAGUGGCGCUUGAUGCACUGGCAGAAGAGGUGGUACACAGGCUACGAGGACUUUUUUGAUGAGCAGCCGCUGUUCAUUGAAGAGUAUGAAUCAAAUGAACGUUUGGGAUACCCACCCAAACAGGACAUGAUGUCAAGAGCAUCCUGGCCACGGGUGUCCUGCUUGGAGGUCCCGGCCAGCAGGCCCACGGGCGCUGCUCCCAAAGCGGCUGCACGGCAGCCCAUCCCCGGUGUGGAUUUGGCCUUGUUGCCCAGUGUGGAUGCAGCGCCACAGGUGAACACCACCGGCAUGAGCGUGGUCGCCAAAUGGGCCUACAACACCGCUGACAAGCGGAUCCUCACGAACCCCACCAUUGAGGCCUUGAGCAAGCCAUUGCAAGGGCCCAUCCCCGAGGGGAAGGUCUCUUUGGAAGAAACCUUCAACAAUCACAAGAUGGGCCGAGUGGAGAAAGCUGCCAUGAGCAAGUUUGCCUUCGACGAGCAGUACCUGACCUUCCACAACUUCGGCUAUGCAGCCAAUCCCUGCAAGAACAUUCCCGAAGGCGAAGAGGUCCUAGUGAGCACCGAAGCGUUGCACCAGCCCGGCCGCGGCCUGUGGGACAAGCCCCGGAAGAGGCAGAGGUUGGAAGGCCCAGACAUGCCGGAUGAACCGGGCAAGGGCCACGCUGAGUCUGCAAAGUGGGGUGGCUUCAUUGAUGGGGAAGUGGUGAGGAAACAGCUCGAGGUGGAAGUCAAGGCCCGAGAGGAAGAAGUGGCACGACGGGCAGAGGAAGAGAAAGCGGUGGAAGGUGAGGAGCGUGAGACCAAGGAACGUGUCACUUCCAUCUUCCACGGAAACAAGGAGACGGACUAUGCCGGCCGAUCCUGGAUUGAGAACAAGACUAACAUCACCAAAGAUGUGGAUGACAAGCAGUGUUUCUUGCCCAAGAAGUGGGUUCACACCUGGACUGGCCACACCAUGGGAGUUCAGAAAAUCCGCUGGUUUCCGAAGACUGCUCACUUGUUGCUCUCCGCUGGCAUGGAUGGCAAGAUCAUGAUUUGGGACUACCACAACCAGAGGAAGUGCUUGCGGACCUACUUGGGCCACGACCAGGCCGUGCGUGACAUCGCCUUCACCGCGGAUGGACGGCGGUUCUACAGCGUGUCCUAUGACAAGAACAUCCAGUACUGGGAUACCGAGACUGGAAAGAUCAUUGCCACCUUCACCAACAAGAAGACUCCCUUCUGUGUGUCGGUGCAUCCGGAUCCAUCUCAGCAGAAUGUGAUCGUGACCGGAUGUUCCAACAAGAAGGCAGUGCAGUGGGACUCCAACACCUGUGAGAUCGUCCAGGAGUACGAUGAGCACAUGGGUGCGGUCAACACGGUCACCAUUUGCGAAGAUGGGAAGCGCUUGUUGACCUCCUCGGACGACAAGAAGAUGUUCCUUUGGGAGUUUGGCAUCCCAGUCGUCAUCAAGCACAUCGCCGAGCCCACAAUGCAUUCCAUCCCACAGAUCGUGAAGAGCCCGGACGAGAAGUACUUGAUCGGGCAGUCCAUGGACAACAAAAUCAUCGCCUACGAGGCCUUUGGGCGAUUCAAGUUCAUCGCGCGAAAGACCUUCAAGGGCCACAUCAAUGCUGGCUACGCCAUCACGCCCGGAUGGUCCGCUGAUGGCCGCUGGGUGAUGUCCGGCGACGCAGAUGGCAAGCUGUGGUUUUGGGACUGGGCCAAGUGCAAGAACUACCGCGUGCUGAAAGCGCACGACGGCGUUUGCACCGGAAGCCUGUGGACCGGAGACCCAGCUGAUAGGAAGACUAACAUGGAAAUUCGGUCACCGUUUAUAACUUAA